UGUGAUAUAUUUUAUGACGUGAACACAGAUAUCUAUGUUUUGUUCCCCUGGAUUUAAUAGAUUGCGUGAAUUGAAUUGUGAGGUCACUUAGGCCCAGUUGCGACUUUAACUGGCAUCCACAUGAGACCCUUGGUGAGAAAAUAGGACCAAAAAAUAAAAAUAUUCUACAUAUAAACCAUUACACUUCUAGCAUCAGAUCAGUUUUCAGAACUGUGCCAUUUGAAUAUAUCUUGAAUAGGAUUUCUCCUUAUUUUAAUCUUUAAGCUGCUUGUUUUUGUGCCUAAGAUGGAGAAGGAAGAAGACAGUACCCGGGAGAUCUUACUCCCUGAUUGGCAAGACAGCUCUCAUGGUAUUACCAUCAAAGAGACGGAUGAAGGUGUCUUCGUGAAGCAGAUCCAACAGGACUCGCCGGUCGCCAAGACAGGAAUUGUGCAGGAAGGAGACCAGAUUGUGAGCGCCACCAUCUAUUUUGACAAUGUGCCCUCAAGGGAGGUCACGGAGCUCCUUAAAAAUGUGGGUCAUCACACAGUGGGCCUGCGGCUACAGAGGAAAGGAGACCGCUCCCCGUUGCCAGGGCAGGCUGGCUCCUACGACGUGUUUGCUCCAAGGAGCCCAGAAGUUGUUUUGAGUGGAGAUGAUGAAGAGUACCAGCGGAUUUACACCACAAAAAUUAAACCUCGCCUUAAGUCAGAAGAUGGCAUAGAAGUUGAGCAUGCAGGAACUCAAAGCAGGACCAUCACAGUCACCAAAAGAGUCACAGCUUACACUGUCGAUGUUACCGGCCAUGAAGGUACCAAAGAGAUUGACAUCAGCAGUCCUGAGUUUAAGAUCAAAAUUCCUAAACAUGAACUUACCCAGAUUUCUAAAGUUGGAAUUGAAUCAGAGCCUGGGAAAACUGUCAUCAAGAUCCCACACGUGGAUUUGCCUGGGAGGCCCAGCUAUGGAAAAGUCUCCCACGAAGGAGGGAAAUUUUAUGAUGUGACAUAUUCUGGACCAACUAUUGACUUACCUUCCAGAACAUUGGAGGCAGGUGUUCCCGAGACCCUUUUGGGGCAGCCAAAGGUGGGGAAAACUGAUAUCCAAGUCUCCAAUGUCAAGGGCAUAGAUCUGAGAGGUCAGACAGACUUUACCAGCCCUGAAAUCAAUGGGAAAACAGGAGAACGGCUGCCAUUCGAUAUCAAAGGUCCUAAAAUGAAAGGGGAAUGGGGAGGCAUUGAAGGCAAAAUGACAAGUCCAGGUCUCGGUGAUGAAAACAAAGGAAAACUUACAUUCCCUGCAAUGAGAAUGCCCAAAUUUGGAAUAUCAUCUCCAGGUGCUGACAUUGACGUUCCUCAAAUGACUGCAACAGCUCCAUCUGUGACAAUCAGAGGCCCAGGAGGGUUUCCAGAGGGCCCCAAAGACGCAAUAACAAGCAGAGGAAUACCAAAACCAGAGUUGGAUAUGGGUGUAAAAGGACUGGAUUUGAAAGGUGGGGUGAAAUCAAAGGUAGAUUUUGAGGCUCCAGACAUUGGACUUGAAGAGAGUGAAGCAAAAUUUAAAAUACCCCACAUGGAUAUUCCUAAAUUUUCUGUUUCAGGCCCUGCAGCAGGUAUCAAUGUUCCAAAAGGAGGGACUGAGAUUAGUGGACAGACACCCAAAAUCUCUAUGUCAGAUAUUGACUUGAACCUUAAAAGUCCCAAAGGAAAAGGAGCUAUAUAUAUUUCAGGGCCAAAGAUUGAAGGGGACUUGAAAGGGCCUAGUAUGAGUAUUGAGGGCCCCAAGGUUGACCUUGGUGGACCAUUAAAAAGUCCAAAUAUCUCAAUGCCCUCAGUGAAAACAACCCCAAUCAAAGUGGCUGGGCCAGACGUUGACGUGAGACUAAAAGGGACAUCAUUAAAGGGUGAUGUGGAUGUUUCUAUGCCCAAAUUGGAAGGUGACCUGAAGGGCCCACAGAUUGACAUCAAGGGCCCCAAAGUGGACAUUGCUGCUCGUGGCGUUGGCAUCAAGAGUUCUUCUGAUCAACUGAAAGGGCCUCAUAUCAAAACUCCACAAAUCUCCAUUCCAGACAUUGACCUAAAUUUGAAGGGCCACAAAGUUAAGGGAGACAUGGGUGUUUCCAUGCCAAGAGUGGAAGGAGAACUGAAAAGCCCAAUUGUGGACAUCAAGGGUCCUAAAAUAGACACUGCAGCUCCAGAUGUUGAUCUUCAUGGGCCUGAACUCAAAAUGCCCAAAUUGAAAAUGCCUAAAUUUGGUGUCCCCAGCUUGAAAGGUGAAGUUCCUGAUCUAGACAUCAGUCUUCCCAAGGGACGUCUUGAUAUUUCAUAUCCUAAGAUGGAUGUUGGCGUACCAGGAUUGGACAUUGAAGCACCAGAAGCCAAAAUUAAAGGUCCCAAAGUCAAGAUGCCAGGAUUACAUGUGGAGGCACCAAAGAUUUCAGUUCCAGAUGUUGACCUGAGCCUGAAAGGGCCAUCAUUAAAAGGUGACAUGGAUGUUUCUGUGCCCAAACUAGAAGGCAGUCUGAAGGGCCCACAGAUAGACCUCAAAGGCCCCAAAGUAGACAUUGCUGCUCCUGACAUUGGCGUCAAAGGUCCUUCAGGUCAACUGAAAGGGCCUCAUAUCAAAACUCCACAAAUCUCCAUUCCAGACAUUGACCUAAAUUUGAAAGGCCCAAAAGUCAAAGGAGACAUGGGUGUUUCCAUGCCAAGAGUGGAAGGAGAACUGAAGGGCCCAACUGUGGACAUCAAGGCUCCUAAAGUAGACAUUGUAGCACCAGAUGUUGACCUUCAUGGGCCUGAACUCAAAAUGCACAAAUUGAAAAUGCCUAAAUUUGGCAUGCCCAGCCUGAAAGGUGAAGUUCCUGUUGUGGACAUCAAUCUUCCCCAGGGCAGUCUUGACAUCUCAGGUCCUAAUGUAGAUAUAAAAGCUCCUGGAUUGGACACUGAGGCACCAAAGAUUUCAGUUCCAGAUUUCGACCUGAGCCUAAAAGGGCCAUCAUUAAAAGGUGACAUGGAUGCUUCUGUGCCCAAACUAGAAGGUGGCCUGAAGGGCCCACAGAUAGACCUCAAAGGCCCCAAAGUGGACAUUGCUGCUCCUGACAUUGGCCUCAGAGGACCUUCAGGUCAACUGAAAGGGCCUCAUAUCAAAACCCCUCAAAUCUCCAUUCCAGAUAUUGACCUAAAUUUGAAAGGCCCAAAAGUCAAGGGGGACAUGGGUGUUUCCAUGCCAAGAGUGGAAGGAGAACUGAAGGGCCCAACUGUGGACAUCAAGGCUCCUAAAGUAGACAUUGUAGCACCAGAUGUUGACCUUCAUGGACCUGAACUCAAAAUGCCCAAAUUGAAAAUGCCUAAAUUUGGUGUGCCCAGCUUGAAAGGUGAAGUUCCUGUUGUGGACAUCAAUCUUCCUCAGGGCAGCCUUGACUUCUCUGCUCCUAAAGUAGAUAUUGCAGCCCCAAGAUUGGACAUUGAAGCACCAAAAGGCAAAAUUAAAGGUCCCAAAGUCAAGAUGCCAGGACUACAUGUGGAGGCACCAAAGGUUUCAGUUCCAGAUGUUGACCUGAGCCUGAAAGGGCCAUCAUUAAAAGGUGACAUGGAUGUUUCUGUGCCCAAACUAGAAGGCAGCCUGAAGGGCCCACAGAUAGACCUCAAAGGCCCCAAAGUGGACAUUGCUGCUCCUGACAUUGGCGUCAAAGGUCCUUCAGGUCAACUGAAAGGGCCUCAUAUCAAAACUCCACAAAUCUCCAUUCCAGACAUUGACCUAAAUUUGAAAGGCCCCAAAGUCAAGGGGGACAUGGGUGUUUCCAUACCAAGAAUGGAAGGAGAACUUAAGGGAGUGGACAUCAAGGCUCCUAAAGUAGACAUUGUAGCACCAGAUGUUGACCUUCAUGGGCCUGAACUCAAAAUGCCCAAAUUGAAAAUGCCUAAAUUUGGUGUGCCCAGCUUGAAACCUGACAUUCCUGGUGUCGACAUCAGUCUUCCCCAGGGCAGUCUUGACAUCUCAGGUCCUAAAGUAGAUAUAAAAGCUCCUGGAUUGGACAUUGAGGUACCAAAGGUUUCAGUUCCAGAUUUUGAUCUGAACCUGAAAGGGCCAUCAUUAAAGGGUGAUAUGGAUGUUUCUGUGCCAAAAGUAGGUGACCUGAAAGGCCCACAAAUAGACAUCAAAGGCCCCAAAGUGGACAUUGCUGCUCCUGACAUUGGCCUCAGAGGUCCUUCAGGUCAACUGAAAGGGCCUCAUAUCAAAACUCCACAAAUCUCCAUUCCAGACAUUGACCUAAAUUUGAAAGGCCCAAAAGUCAAGGGGGACAUGGGUGUUUCCAUGCCAAGAGUGAAAGGAGAACUGAAGAGCCCAGCUGUGGACAUUGUAGCACCAGAUGUUGACCUUCAUGGGCCUGAACUUAAAAUGCCCAAAUUGAAAAUGCCUAAAUUUGGUAUGCCCAGCUUGAAAGGUGAAGUUCCUGAUGUCGACAUCAAUCUUUCCCAGGGCAGCCUUGACUUCUCUGGUCCUAAAGUAGCUAUUGCAGCCCCAAGAUUGGACAUUGAAGCACCAGAAGGCAAAAUUAAAGGUCCCAAAGUCAAGAUGCCAGAAAUGCAUAUUAAAGGUCCUAAAAUCUCCAUGCCAGACACUGAUUUGAAUCUAAAGGGGCCCAAACUCACAGGAGAUGUUUGUAUUCCAAAAUUAGAAGCUGACAUAAAAGGUCCAGAAAUUGAUAUCAAAAGUCCAAAACUAGAUAUUGAAGCUCCAGAUGUUGAUCUACAUGGACCAGAAGGGAAACUGAAGAUGCCAAAAUUCAAAAUGCCUAAGUUUGGAAUACCCAGCUUCAAAGGAGAAGGUCCUGAUAUGGAUUUAAAUCUGCCCAAAGCAGAGCUUGAUGUUUCCGUUCCAACAGUUGAUGUAGAAGUACCAAGUUUGGACAUUGAAGGCCCAGAAGGAAAACUAAAAGGAUCCAAAUUUAAGAUGCCUGAGUUUAAUAUUCAUGCACCAAAGAUAUCAAUGCCAGAUGUUAAUUUGAAUCUAAAAGGGCCAAAAUGGAAAGGGAAUGCAGAUAUUUCUGGACCAAAAAUAGAAGGUGAACUUAAGGGACCCCACAUUGAUAUUGAAGGCCCUAAACUGGAUGUUGAUGUCCCUGAUGUAGAGCUGGAAGGCCCUGAAGGAAAAAUUAAAGGAUCCAAAUUCAAGAUGCCAAAACUGAAUAUUAAAGCUCCCAAAAUCUCCAUGCCAGAUGUAGAUCUAGAUCUCAAAGUCCCCAAAAUGAAGGGUGAAAUGGAUGUAACUGUUCCAAAACUAGAAGGAGAUUUGAAAGGACCGAAUCUUGGUACACCAAAAUUGGAUAUAGACCUUCCAGAUAUUGAACUUGAAGGCCCAGAAGCCAAGUUGAAGAUGCCCAAAAUGAAGCUACCAAAAUUUGGAACACCUGGGUUGAAAGGAGAGGGUACUGAUUUUAAUGUGAGCCUUCCCAAAGGAGAUUUGGAUGUUUCGGGGUCAAAAGUAGAUAUUGAUAUGCCAAGUAUGGAUCUUGAAGGCCCAGAAGGAAAACUGAAAGGUCCGAAGUUUAAAAUGCCUGAAAUGCAUUUCAAAACACCCAAAAUCUCCAUGCCAGAUAUUGACUUGAAUUUGAAAGGUCCAAAAGUGAAAAGUGAUUUAGAUAUUUCUGUUCCAACAUUAGGAGGAGAAUUGAAGGGACCCAGCAUUGAUAUCAAGAGGCCAACAGUACAGCUAAGUGGUCCAGACGCUGAUUUCGAGAGUGAGGGGAAACUAAAAAUGCCAAAAUUGAAGAUGCCAGUUUUUACUGUUUCAAGCCCCAAACUAGAAAGUCCUGAUGCAGAACUAAACUUGCCAAAGGGAGAAAUUGACAUCUCAGGUCCAAAGAUAGAUGUGGAAGUUCCAGAAUUAGAUGUUGAAGGUCCUGAAGGAAAGCUGAAAGGUUCAAAAUUUAAGAUGCCAAAACUGAAUAUCAAAGCACCGAAGAUCUCCAUGCCUGAUGUAGACUUGAACAUCAAAGGACCUGGAGCAAGAGGACAGAUGGAUGUAACUGUACCAAAUAUUGGAGGCAAUCUUGAAGGACCUCAGAUAGAUAUCAAGUCUCCUAAACUGGAUGUGGAAUCACCAGACAUUAGCUUGGAAUAUCCAGAAGGAAAAUUAAAAGGGACGAAGUUCAAGAUGCCUGAAAUGCAUAUCAGAGCUCCAAAGAUCUCAAUGCCAGAUGUGGAUUUGAACCUCAAAGGUCCAAAAUUGAAGGGAGAUGUGGAUGUGUCUGUCCCAAAGCUGGAAGGUAACUUAAAAGGGCCAGAUGUGGAUAUCAGAGGUCCCAAACUGGACAUUGAUGCACCUGAUGUUGAACUUCAUGGACCAGAAGGAAAGUUGAAGAUGCCAAAAUUCAAAAUGCCCAAAUUUGGCAUGCCCAGCUUCAAAGGGGAAGGCCCAGAUGUGGAUGUAAGCUUCCCCAAAGCAGACCUUGAUGUUUCUGUCCCAAAAGUAGAUAUUGAAGCACCAUGUAUGGACAUUGAAGGCCCAGAAGGAAAAGUGAAAGGUCCCAAGUUUAAGAUGCCUGAAAUGCACUUCAAGACACCAAAGAUCUCAAUGCCUGAUAUUGAUCUGAAUCUCAAAGGUCCAAAACUGAAGGGAGAUGUGGAUGUUUCUGUCCCAAAAUUGGAAGGUGACCUAAAAGGGCCAGAUGUGGAUAUCAAAGGUCCCAAAGUGGACAUGGAUGCACCUGAUGUUGAACUUCAUGGACCAGAAGGAAAACUGAAGAUGCCAAAAUUCAGAAUGCCCAAAUUUGGCAUGCCAAGCUUCAAAGGGGAAGGUCCAGACGUGGAUGUAAGCCUUCCUAAAGGAGAUCUUGAUGUUUCUGGUCCAAAAAUUGAAAUCGAAGGACCAAAUUUGGACAUUGAUGGCCCAGAAGGAAAGGUGAAAGGUCCCAAAUUUAAGAUGCCUGAAAUGCACAUCAAAGCUCCAAAGAUCUCCAUGCCAGAUGUCGAUUUGAACCUCAAAGGUCCAAAGCUGAAGGGAGAUGUUGAUGUUUUGGUUCCAAAGCUGGAAGGAGACCUAAAAGGGCCAGAUGUGGAUAUCAAAGGUCCCAAACUGGACAUUGAUGCACCUGAUGUUGAACUUCAUGGACCAGAAGGAAAACUGAAGAUGCCAAAAUUCAAAAUGCCCAAAUUUGGCAUGCCCAGCUUCAAAGGGGAAGGUCCAGAUGUGGAUGUAAGCCUCCCUAAAGGAGAUCUUGAUGUUUCUGGUCCAAAAAUUGAACUUGAAGGGCCAGGUUUAGACAUUGAAGCCCCAGAAGGAAAAAUGAAAGGUCCCAAAUUUAAGAUGCCUGAAAUGCACAUUAAAGCUCCAAAGAUCUCCAUGCCAGAUGUCGAUUUGAACCUCAAAGGUCCAAAGCUGAAGGGAGAUGUUGAUGUUUCUGUUCCAAAGUUGGAAGGUGACCUGAAAGGGCCAGAUGUCGAUAUCAAAGGUCCCAAAUUGGAUAUAGAUGCACCAGAUAUAGAAAUUCAAGGUCCUGAAGGAAAGUGGAAAACUCCAAGGUUUAAGAUGCCUGAAAUGCACAUUAAAGCUCCAAAGUUCUCCAUGCCAGAUGUAGACCUAAACGUCAAAGGUCCAAAACUGAAGGGAGAUGUUGAUAUGUCUAUCCCAAAGCUGCAAGGUGACCUAAAAGGUCCAGAUGUGGAUAUCAAAGGUCCAAAACUGGAUAUUGAUGCACCUGAUAUUGAACUUCAUGGACCAGAAGGAAAGCUGAAGAUGCCAAAAUUCAAAAUGCCCAAAUUUGGCAUGCCCAGCUUCAAAGGGGAAGGUCCAGAUGUGGAUGUAAACCUCCCCAAAGCAGACCUUGAUGUUUCUCUUCCCAAAGUAGACAUUGACGCACCAAGCUUGGACAUUGAAGGCCCAGAAGGAAAAGUGAAAGGUCCCAAAUUUAAGAUGCCUGAAAUGCNAAAGUGGAAAACUCCAAGGUUUAAGAUGCCUGAAAUGCACAUUAAAGCUCCAAAGUUCUCCAUGCCAGAUGUAGACCUAAACGUCAAAGGUCCAAAACUGAAGGGAGAUGUUGAUAUGUCUAUCCCAAAGCUGCAAGGUGACCUAAAAGGUCCAGAUGUGGAUAUCAAAGGUCCGAAACUGGAUAUUGAUGCACCUGAUGUUGAACUUCAUGGACCAGAAGGAAAGCUGAAGAUGCCAAAAUUCAAAAUGCCCAAAUUUGGCAUGCCCAGCUUCAAAGGGGAAGGUCCAGAUGUGGAUGUAAACCUCCCCAAAGCAGACCUUGAUGUUUCUCUUCCCAAAGUAGACAUUGACGCACCAAGCUUGGACAUUGAAGGCCCAGAAGGAAAAGUGAAAGGUCCCAAGUUUAAGAUGCCUGAAAUGCACAUCAAGACACCAAAAAUCUCAAUGCCUGAUAUUGAUCUGAACCUCAAAGGUCCAAAACUAAAGGGAGAUGUGGAUAUGUCUGUUCCAAAGCUGGAAGGUGACCUAAAAGGACCAGAUGUGGAUAUCAAAGGUCCCAAAGUGGACAUUGAUGCACCUGAUGUUGAACUUCAUGGACCAGAAGGAAAAUUGAAGAUGCCAAAAUUCAGAAUGCCCAAAUUUGGCAUGCCCAGAUUCAAAGGGGAAGGCCCUGAUGUGGAUGUAAGCCUCCCCAAAGCAGACCUUGAUGUUUCUCUCCCCAAAGUAGACAUUGAAGCACCAAAUCUGGACAUUGAAGGCCCAGAAGGAAAAGUGAAAGGUCCCAGGUUUAAGAUGCCUGAAAUGCACUUCAAGACACCAAAGAUCUCAAUGCCUGAUAUUGAUCUGAACCUCAAAGGUCCAAAACUGAAGGGAGAUGUGGAUGUUUCUGUCCCAAAAUUGGAAGGUGACCUAAAAGGGCCAGAUGUGGAUAUCAAAGGUCCCAAAGUGGACAUGGAUGCACCUGAUGUUGAACUUCAUGGACCAGAAGGAAAGCUGAAGAUGCCAAAAUUCAAUAUGCCCAAAUUUGGCAUGCCCAGCUUCAAAGGGGAAGGCCCAGAUGUGGAUGUAAGCUUCCCCAAAGCAGACCUUGAUGUUUCUGUCCCAAAAGUAGAUAUUGAAGCACCAUGUAUGGACAUUGAAGGCCCAGAAGGAAAAGUGAAAGGUCCCAAGUUUAAGAUGCCUGAAAUGCACUUCAAGACACCAAAGAUCUCAAUGCCUGAUAUUGAUCUGAACCUCAAAGGUCCAAAACUGAAGGGAGAUGUGGAUGUUUCUGUCCCAAAAUUGGAAGGUGGCCUAAAAGGUCCAGAUGUGGAUAUCAAAGGUCCCAAAGUGGACAUUGAUGCACCUGACAUUGAACUUCAUGGACCAGAAGGAAAGCUGAAGAUGCCAAAAUUCAAGAUGCCCAGGUUUGGCAUGCCCGGCUUCAAAGGGGAAGGCCCAGANGACCCUGAUAUAAGUGUGGAAGUACCAGAGGGAAAGAUAAAAGGUCCUAAAUUUAAGAUGCCUGAAAUGCACAUCAAAGCUCCAAAGAUCUCCAUGCCAGAUAUAGACUUGAACCUCAAAGGUCCAAAACUGAAGGGAGAUGUUGAUGUUUCUGUUCCCAAACUGGAAGGUGACCUGAAAGGUCCAGAUGUGGAUAUCAAGGGUCCCAGGGUGGAUAUUGAUGCACCUGAUGUAGACAUUGAAGGUCCUGAAGGAAAGUGGAAAGGUCCGAAGUUUAAGAUGCCUGAAAUGCACAUCAAAGCUCCCAAAAUCUCCAUGCCAGAUUUUGACUUUAACUUGAAAGGACCCAAAGUGAAAGGAGAUGUGGAUGUCUCAGUACCGAGCUUAGAGGGUGAUCUGAAGGGCCCUGCCCUUGACAUCAAAGGGCCCAAACUAGACGUUGAUGUUCCAGAAGUUGAUCUUGAAGGACCUGAAGGGAAGUUGAAAGGACCCAAAUUUAAGAUGCCAGAGAUGAAUGUCAAAGCUCCCAAAAUUUCCAUGCCAGAUUUUGAUUUGAAUGUGCGAGGUCCCAAAGUGAGAGGAGAUGUGGAUGUUGCAUUGCCAAAGGUUGAAGCCCCUGAUGUGGACAUUCAAGGCCCCAAAGUGGACAUUGACAUCCCUGAUGUUGACUUGCAUGGUCCAGAAGGUAAAAUCAAGCUGCCCAAAUUUAAAAUGCCCAAGUUUGGAAUGCCUGGAUUUAAAGGAGACGGUCCUUCAGUGGAUGUGACCAUACCCAAGGGAGAAGUGGAUAUAUCUGGUCCCAAACUAGAUAUUGAAACACCUGAUCUGCAAAUCGAACACCCAGAAGGAAAAUUUAAAGGUCCCAAAGUGAAGAUGCCAGAAAUGCAUUUUAAUGUCCCCCAAAUUUCAAUGCCAGAUAUUGAUUUGAAUUUGAAAGGUCCAAAACUUAAAGGAGAUGUAGGAGGUGACAUUAAAGGACCUGAUAUUGCAUUGAAAGGACCUGAUGUUGAACUGGAGGCACCAAAAGUAGACAUUGAAGCAAAACCAAAGAAAUCAAGAUUUAAACUUCCCAAGUUCAAUUUUUCUGGCCCCAAACUUCAUACACCUGAAGUUGAUGUGAAGGUUAAGAAACCAGAUGUCGAUAUCUCAAGACCAAAAGGGGGUGUUCAGAGUCCAGAUGUGGAUAUCCAAGGAAAAGCAAAAGGUACUAAAUUUAAAAUGCCGUCGUUGAAUAUUUCCUCCCCUAAGGUCUCUAUGCCUGAUGUGGAAUUAAAUUUGAAAGGACCUAAAUUAAAAGGAGACCUGAAUGUUUCUGUACCAAGCCUGGAAGGAGAUUUGAAAGGCCCUGAAGUUGACAUCAAAGGCCCCAAGAUGGAUGUUGGUGCACCAGAGGUUGAUCUUCAUGGCCCUGAAGGCAAACUCAAAAUGCCUAAGUUUAAGAUGCCCAAAUUUGGAAUACCAGGCAUCAAAGCAGAAGCUCCUGAUGUGGAUGUAACCCUACCCAAAGCUGAUCUUGACUUGUCAGGCCCCAAAGUGGACAUUGAAGCACCAAGCUUGGACAUUGAAGGCCCAGAAGGAAAAGUGAAAGGUCCCAAAUUUAAGAUGCCUGAAAUGCACUUCAAGACACCAAAGAUCUCAAUGCCUGAUAUUGAUCUGAACCUCAAAGGUCCAAAACUGAAGGGAGAUGUGGAUGUGUCUGUCCCAAAGCUGGAAGGUCCAGAUGUGGAUAUCAAGGGUCCUUCAUUGGAUAUUGAUGCACCUGAUGUAGACAUUGAAGGUCCUGAAGGAAAGUGGAAAGGUCCAAAGUUUAAGAUGCCUGAAAUGCACAUGAAAGCUCCCAAAAUCUCCAUGCCAGAUUUUGACUUUAACUUGAAAGGACCCAAAGUGAAAGGAGAUGUGGAUGUCUCAGUACCGAGCUUGGAGGGUGAUCUGAAGGGCCCUGACCUUGACAUCAAAGGGCCCAAACUAGACGUUGAUAUUCCAGAUGUUGAUCUUGAAGGACCUGAAGGGAAGUUGAAAGGACCCAAAUUUAAAAUGCCAGAGAUGCAUUUUAAGACUCCUAAAAUCUCAAUGCCAGAUGUGGACUUAAACCUGAAAACUCCCAAACUGAAAGGCGACCUGAAUGUCUCAGUUCCAGAGGGUGAUUUGAAAGGCCCAGAAAUUGACAUCAAAGGUCCAAAGCUGGAUAUUGAUGCCCCAGAUAUUGACCUACAUGGUCCAGAAGGAAAACUCAAAAUGCCUAAGUUCAGGAUGCCCAAGUUUGGCAUACCCAGCUUCAAAGGGGAAGGCCCAGAUGUGAAUGUAAGCCUCCCCAAAGCAGACCUUGAUGUUUCUGUCCCCAAAGUUGAACUUGAAGCACCAUGUAUGGAGAUUGAAGGCCCAGAAGGAAAAGUGAAAGGUCCCAAAUUUAAGAUGCCUGAAAUGCACUUCAAGACACCAAAGAUCUCAAUGCCUGAUAUUGAUCUGAACCUCAAAGGUCCAAAACUGAAAGGAGAUGUGGAUAUUUCUGUUCCAAAGGUGGAAGGCCCAGAUGUGGAUAUCAAGGGUCCCAAACUGGACAUUGAUGCACCUGACAUUGAACUUCAUGGACCAGAAGGAAAGCUGAAGAUGCCAAAAUUCAAAAUGCCCAAAUUUGGCAUGCCCAGCUUCAAAGGGGAAGGCCCAGAUGUGGAUGUAAGCUUCCCCAAAGCAGACCUUGAUGUUUCUGUCCCAAAAGUAGAUAUUGAAGCACCAUGUAUGGACAUUGAAGGCCCAGAAGGAAAAGUGAAAGGUCCCAAGUUUAGGAUGCCUGAAAUGCACUUCAAGACACCAAAAAUCUCAAUGCCUGAUAUUGAUCUGAAUCUCAAAGGUCCAAAACUGAAGGGAGAUGUUGAUGUGUCUGUUCCAAAGCUGGAAGGAGACCUCAAAGGGCCAGAUGUGGAUAUCAAAGGUCCCAAAUUGGAUAUUGAUGCACCUGAUGUAGACAUUGAAGGUCCUGAAGGAAAGUGGAAAGGUCCGAAGUUUAAGAUGCCUGAAAUGCAUAUCAAAGCUCCCAAAAUCUCCAUGCCAGAUUUUGACUUUAACUUGAAAGGACCCAAAGUGAAAGGAGAUGUGGAUGUCUCAGUACCGAGCUUGGAGGGUGAUCUGAAGGGCCCUGACCUCGACAUCAAAGGGCCCAAACUAGACGUUGAUGUUCCAGAUGUUGACCUAGAGGUUCCAGAAGGGAAGUUGAAAGGGCCCAGAUUUAAGAUGCCAGAUAUGCAUUUUAAGGCCCCUAAAUUCUCUCUGCCUGAUAUGAACUUGAAAGGCCCAAAGGUGAAAGGAGAUGUGGAUAUAUCUGUGCCAAAGAUUGAAGGUGAUUUGAAAGGUCCAGAAAUAGACAUUAAUGUUCCUCAGAUAGAUCCUCCUGACCUUGAUAUUAAAGGACCUGAAGGCAAAAUGAAAGGCCCUAAAUUUCAAAUGCCUGAUUUUAACAUCAAGGCCCCCAAAAUCACCAUGCCAGAUGUAGACUUCAACCUCAGAGGCCCUAAACUGAAAGGAGACGUUGAUCUAGAUGUAUCUGCUCCCAAAAUAGAUGCUGAUUUGAGGGGACCAGAUUUUGAUAUCAAGGGCCCUAAACUGGAUGUCUCUGUAGCUGAUGUGGAAUUGGAACGUCCUGAGGGAAAACUUAAAGGUCCUAAGAUCAAGAUGCCUGAAAUGCAUUUUAAAACUCCCCAAAUCUCCAUGCCAGAUUUUGACUUGAACUUGAAAGGUCCCAAAAUGAAAGGAGAUGUGGAUGUUUCUGUGCCUAAGUUGGAAGCUGACCUGAAGGCUCCCGACGUUGACAUCCGAGGUCCCAAACUAGACAUCGAUGUUGAAGGUCCUGAAGGAAGUUGGAAAGGUCCCAAAAUUAAGAUGCCUGAAAUGCAGAUGAAACCCCCCCAAAUCUCCAUGCCUGAUGUGCAGCUUGGUCUGAAAGGUGACUUCUCUGGACCAAAAUUUGGAGGCGAUUUGAAAGGUCCUGAAAUUGACAUUGCAGCUCCCACUGUUGAUAUCCAAGGUCCAGAUGGAAAAGUAAAAUUACCCAAGAUGAAGCUUCCUAAAUUUGGUAUCCCUGAGUUCAAGGGAGAAGGACCUCAGUUGGAUGUCAAUCUGCCUGAAGGAGCGUUGAAAGUAUCAGGUUCUGAUGUGAAAAUUGAAGCUCCAAGUUUGGACAUCAAAGGACCAGAAGGACAAUUGAAAGGCCCUAAGGUGAAGAUGCCUGAAAUGCAUUUCAAAACACCUCAGAUCUCCAUGCCAGAAAUUGAUUUAAAUCUGAAAGGUCACACGGUGAAAGGCGAUGCAGAUCUCUCCGUUCCAGGAAUGGCCAUCCAAGGACCAGGACUUGAAGCUAAAGGUCCAGAGAUUGACUUGGAAUGUCCUGAUGUGAAUAUUGAAGGGCCAGAGGGCAACGUUAAACUCUCCAAAUUUAAGAUGCCAAAGUUUGGAUUUGGAGCAAAGAGCCCCAAGGCUGAUGUGAAAUCUCCCACGUUGGACGUGUCCCUUCCAGAAGCUGAGCUGAAUGCUGAGUCACCCGACAUUGCUCUUUCUGCCAAAGGGAAGAAAAGCAAAUUCAAAAUGCCCAAAAUCCACAUGAGUGGACCUAAAGUCAAAGGCAAGAAGGCUGGUUUUGAUGUGAGUGGAGAAAUGGACGCCAAUGUGAAAUCACCGGAUUUGGAAGGAAGCCUCACAGUCCCAGAAGCAUCCCUGAAAGCAGAUGCCAACAUCAAAUCCCCCAAGGGAAAGAAACCAGUCUUUGGAAAACUCUCAUUUCCUGAUGUUGAGUUUGAUAUAAAAUCACCCAUGUUCAAGGCUGAUGCUUCUUUGCCCAAGGUGGAAGCAGAGGUCAAGAUGCCAGGAAUAGAUGUGACGUCACCCAGUCUGAAAUCACCAAGUCUUGAAGCUUCCAUUCCCAGUGGAAGCACAAGCAUCAACAUUGGAGGUCCUGAUAUUGGCCUUAAGGACCCCGAGUUCAAGCUCUCUGGUGGUCCCAAACUGGAAGGAGAUCUGAGAAUCCCCAGCGCUGAGGCCAAUCUUACCAUUCCUGACAUCAACCUGAAAGGUCCAUCAGUCAACUUACCCUCUGUGGAUGUUUCCGCACCUUCACUCUCUGCCCCUGGCGUCGAUGUUCACUUGAAAGGACCAAAGCUGAAAGGUGAUGUUGAUCUCCCAAGUGCUGAAAUCCAAGGCCCAGGAGGGAAGCUAAAAUUCCCCAAGUUCAGCUUGCCAAAAUUUGGGAAGCCGGGGGUGAACCUGGAGGGGCCCGAUGUAGACAUUCAAGGACAGAUGCCCUCUGCACACCUUGAUGUCUCUUCCCCACGAAUUGGAGGAGAGGCAAGCAUUCCUGAAAUUGAUGUGAACCUGAAAGGACCAAAGCUAGGAAAAGACCUGGGUCUUUCUGGUGAGAUUAAAGCUCCAAAGAUAGAUGUUGGCGUGCCAGAUGUUGGUGUCAGUGGAUUUGAAGGGAAGUUUCAGAUGCAAAAGUCUUCAGGUCUAGAUGUCAAUUUAACCGCUCCAGAUGUUGACAUGAAAGGGCCGACAGUUAAGAUGACUUCGGAAGGAGGCAUUUCUGGACCUGAGGUGGACAUCAAUCUGAAAGGACCAAAGAUCAAAGGAGAUCUCGGCAUUUCUGGUAGCAUGACAUCCCCCAAGGUGGAAGGCUUUGGAGGUGGAGUUAAACUUCCCUGCAUGAAACUUCCUCAGUUUGCCAUCGCUGGUGAAGGAGGGAGCAUUUCAGGACCACAGAUCAAAAGACCUGAAGUUGACUUUGAUUUGAACAUGAAAGGACCAAGUUUGCAAGGAGAUGCCCAGAUUGCCACUGACUUGAAAGGUCAACAUGUUGGACUGGAAAUGCCAGGCAUGAAGAUUUCUGGCCUGGACCUGGACACUGGGAUCCCUGAUAUCUGUCUGAGAGGACCUUCCCUCAAUGUCUCCGGUCCAAAGGUUUCUGGGCCAGACUUUGAGGUCAAUCUGAAAGGGCCCAAGGCCAAAACACCAGAGCCACACGUGGGUGCCAAAGGGACAAGGGAACUUCACUUCUCUGGACCAAAGAUAGGAGGUGAUCUCAGUGGUCCCAAAUUAAACAUCAAAGGUCCUUCUGUGGGGAUGGAUGCCCCACAUGCCCAUUUAGAAAGUUCAGCUGGAAAGGUGUCCUUCCCUAAAAUGAAAAUACCGAAAUUUGUGGUGGCAGGGCAGGAACCGGUGGGAAGGGAAGUUGGGGUCGAUGUUGAGUUUCCCCAACUGCCACAAGCAAGUCUCCACGUUGAGGCUGGGACGGUUGAACUGGAAGAACCUGACCUGAAAUUGAAAAAAUCUAAAAUCAAAAUGCCCAAGUUUGCGUUCUCCAGACCCAAAGCCAAGGGAAGCGUGGGCUCCCCGGAGGCCUCGGUGUCUGUGGCCGGAGGCGAAGGAGAGAUCAAAGCAACUUUAGGGUCCUUAGAAGCUGAGGUGGAACUAGGGGAAGCAGCCAGCUCACCCAAAGGAAAGUUCUCCUUCUUUAAGACCAAAAAAUCUCGGCACCGGUCAUCCUCGUUUAGUGACGAGCACUCCUCGCACUCCACCCCAACCGGUACCCUGGAGCACGAAAGAGACAAAGGCAAGCAUGCCAAGCUCAAAUUUGGCACUUUUGGGGGGAUAGGGUCAAAAAGCAAAGGGUCUUACGAGGUCACGGGAAGCGACGAGGAGGCAGGGAGAAUACAAGGCAGCGGGGCUUCCCUGGAGUCCAAAAAAUCUCGACUCUCCUCAUCUUCCAGUAAUGAAAGCGGGACGAAAGCUGGCUUCCGAGUGCCGGCGGUUGAGUUGACAGUGGCAAAAAAGAAAGAAUAGUCCAGAAGGCUCGUGUACAUAAUGCCCCUGUAUAUAAUGUCCCUCCCGCCCAAUUGCCCUCUCCUUCUCCCUCUGUAUAUUUAUAUUUUCCCCGGCUUCAAAUAUUUUGCAAUGAAACAGGUGAUCUACAGUGAAAUAGUAGGGUUUUCGAGCAAAGUGAUUACUGUUUUACUGUGAAUAGGGCAGGUUCCACUGAAAGACCGCUAUCUUCCAGAGAUCUAAAUCAACUAAAACUGAUACAGCAACGUCUGUGGUCAUCUACCCAUAGGGCUGGUGGCAAGCAGAUUAUAUGUCAUUGGCACAAUUUUCAUGGUGAGUUCACGAUGGAUCCUACCAGAAAUUUCCAACCCUUUGCUGGGGUCGUGAAUAUCCCCAAAUUCUUCCUAAGGUGCACAACCAAGAACACGCAUAUUUUUUAAAAAAAAAAAAACUUUAAAAAGCAGCCUUGAAACAAACUAUGGUGGCAUCAGUCAGCUGUAUCAGUUUGAGUUCAGUCAAUAUAAAAUUCUUCCAGAUAUACAGAUGAGCAACAGGCAAUAUUUUGCAGACGGAGAAGUGAUCAAUUUUGAAAAGCCUGAAUUAUGUGAUAUUUAAAGCUGUGCCAUAAGGAAGAUAGAUGUACAGUUUUUUGGGAGUAUUUUGGACGAUUUUAUUUUUAUGUUCAGGCAUAGGAUUGUGCUUUGUAUGCUAUAAGAGCUUUAUGUUUACCUAAGCAAGCUUUGAUUGAGAUAUAUUAUAUAUGUAUUUCAAUUCACUGAAUAUCUUCAGUGUUGAUCCAUGAAAAUGUGUUAAUUUUAACUAUUAGGGGUUUAUUUUUUUUUGCUUUUACCUGCAGGGGGCUAAAAUGUUUUAUCAUUUAAAAUUAUGGAUAUAUGAAAAAGAAACACUGCACAUAUACAGAGGCAAGUGAGAUGUGUCACAUUUGGGCCUUGGUUGCAACAAAAAUGACUUUUUAUUUGUUCGAUAAAACAAUUAAACCGACUCCAAUCAAAUAUCCACAUGUAAUUUAUUUGUUGUUCAAAAGAUGCAUUACUGUUGCAAAAUAAUUCAAGCCACAAUCCUUACGACAACAUCUUAGUUGUUUCUGUAUAUUUCUUAUUUUUGUAAAAGAAAGAAGUUCCCUUCUUUGAGGAACAUGUAUUUUUGUCAUUAAUUCCUCCCAACAGAUGCAAAUUGUUAUCUUUUGUCAUUAACUGUACCUUGAUUAUAAAACCAAACAAUACAAAGAAAACUAUUUUUCAGCACUUUAAUGGCAAAUUAAUUGAGAAUGUAUGGAAACUGAUCUUGUAAAAUGCAAAUAAACUGUUUAUUAACCUUUUAA